AUGGUCAUUAGAAAGAGUGCGAAAGAUUUGACAUAACCCCAGCAGAAGAAGAGGAGGCAGAUAAUGAUGCAGAUUUCCAUGGAAAGGAACGACCGUAUGUACACAGUCACCGUCGGCAAGCAACCCAUCGUCACUCUAUGGGCUUGGUGGGACCAGGAGGUCAAGGAAUUCAUCCGUCAAGUACGCAGAAUCCACGGCAAGAGGAACACCCAAGACCUCAUCGUGGGCCUUUGGGCUGAUCACAGCGCCAACUACUCCGGCGGCUACAGCUACUACUACGACAGCAAAAGAGGCGGCGGCAAAAACAGGCCCUUGGAGGUGAUGGCGCUGUGCGUGGGGCAUCACUGCCUUCUCAUUGAACUACAAGGCGGUUGCAGCGAAGGGAAAGUCCUUAGAGAAAGGAAAGUCCUUAGAGACUUUCUCUUUGAUCGGCACACGGUUGUGGUGGGCGUGGGGACGGAGCGCCUGGCGAAGAAGCUGGAGGAAGAGUAUGGGAUAUUGAUCCCCAGGAGGGUGGAGCUGCUAGGGUUGGCCCAGGCGGACAGGGGAUUGCAGCAGGAAGAUGGAAACAGUUUGAAUCUGAGUAGGUGCAGUUUGGGGGAGUUGGCGAGGGUGGUGUUGGGGGAGGAGGUGAAUUACGUGAGGCCCACCAAGAUCCGUUGGCGGGAGAAUCAGUUCGAUUGGGGCCCGUUUUCCAACGACUUGGUCAAGUGUUCCACUGCUGAAGCUUUUCUUGCUGCUCAGAUGGGGGCUAAGCUGUUGAAGAAUGGCCCUCACACAUGAUCCUGGCAUUAGGGUUUUAGGGUUAGUAACCUAGGGUUUCACUCUUCUAUGAUUUUUGUUUUAUUUUUAUUAAUCACAAUUCAAUGGUUAGGGUUUCGAA